AUGGCUUCUACUGUUUUCCCUUCUGUUUCACCCCAUUCUUCUGCGUUUCCUUUUUCCCACACUCCCUCAACCACCAACAUGCCGAAAUUCGUCCUACGUUUUCAUCAUAAUCCAGAAUUCUUCAGCGAAGAUGACGACGACAAUACUGACAACGACGACGAUUAUCCACCGAUCAGGAAAGCUCGGGAGUUCACAGUGAAGCACGCGCCUAAGGCGAAAGCUCGGAAUUUCAUAGCGAAGAAAUCGCCUCAGGCGGUGGUCGAUUGGUACAUGAUUGCUCUCGACAAGAAAACCGCUCUCAAGAAAUCGGUCGUCAAAGAGAAUGCAUUAGGGCAUCUUUUGUGGACGGGAUGGCAUUUUUUCUAUAUUCAGAAGAAAAACAAGCAGGAGUUGCGAUACCAAGCUCCUAAUGGCAAGGUUUAUAUUUCUCUCAGAACCGCCUGCAAAGCUUGUAUAGAUCAAGGAGUCACCGCAGUCGCCUAUCAUUCACUUACUCAAAAGAACUAUUCACAACCAGAAAAAGAAACUGCGGCGUUCUCAUUUGAGAAACCUGAAGACGAAUCGGUACUCGUUGAAUCACCAGUACCGUCCAUCGAUCAAAUCACUGCAGCCUAUAUCGAUCAAGGAGGCACCGCCGCUGCCGAUCAUAAUUCCCUAAGUCAAAAGAACUAUUCACAACCAGAAAAAGAAACUGCGGCGUCCUCAUUUGAAAAACCUAAAGACGAAACGCAACGCGUGAAAUCACCAGUACUGUCUGUGCAAUAUUUGGGGAACCAGAAACCGCAGCCGCGGAAGGCGGCGAAGGGUAAUUCACGGCGGAAUCCACGAACGGGUCUGUCAUAUUUGAUGGAUCAUGGGUUAGUUUCGCCAGGAGAUAGAGUGUAUUCCACUGUAGCAUCGAAGGACGGUCCAUCAAUAACUUGGUGGGGAUCGGUAACAAAUGAAGGUAUUAUUAAAUGCGACUGUUGCUAUAAUCUGUUCACUAUCAGUAAAUUUGAGGCUCAUACAGGCAGUACAAAGCAUAGGCCGGCGGCCAAUAUCUUUUUGGAAGAUGGGCGAUCCUUACUGGACUGUCAAAAGCAAUUGAAUCCAAACAAUAAUCGGACUCAGAACGAGACAAAAGCCACUGAGAAAAAGGUAAACAAUAAUAAUGACAAUGCUCAUUCUGACACGCCCUGCCUGGACAAAAACGACUGCAUCUGUUCCGUUUGUCAUUUCGGGGGUGAAUUGAUUUUGUGCGAUCUCUGCCCUGCUGCUUUUCAUGGCAGUUGCCUCGGUUUCAAAGGCAUCCCAUCUGGGGAUUGGUACUGCCCUUCAUGCUGCUGCAAGAUUUGUGGCCAAGUUUCAUACGACUUUGAUGAUCAGGUUUCCUCUUUUGAUAUAUCUUUUGUUAAAUGUGUUCAAUGUGACCAGAAUGUUCAUAUUGGUUGUGUAAAGAGCAUUCAAGUGCUUGAAGAUGAUUCAGAUCAAACCAUCGAUAGAGAAAACUGGUUUUGCACCAGAAGAUGUGAAGAUAUCCACAUGGGUCUGCAGAAGCUUUUAUGGAAACAAAUCCCAGUUGGGAAAAAAGAAGAAAACCUCAUAUGGACAUUAAUGAAAUAUUGUCCAGAUAAAAUGGCUGAGUAUCAGAGGAAGAAGUUGAAUAUUGCCCUUGGUGUAAUGCACAAGAGUUUUCGUCCUGUAAAGGACCCCAUCACCAAAAGCGACCUCAUUGAAGAUGUUCUCUUAAGCAGAAGAUCAGAGUCAAAACGCUUAAACUUUGAAGGGUUUUACACAGUGGUUUUAGAGAGAAAACACACAGUAAUCACAGUAGCAACAGUGAGAGUUUAUGGAGAUGAAGUGGCUGAAAUUCCUUUAGUUGCCACUCGAUUGAAAUACCGCAGACAAGGAAUGUGCCGCAGAUUGAUGAACGAGCUGGAACAUCAGCUUAUAGAAUUAGGAGUGAAGAGGCUGACAUUACCUGCUGUUCCUGAGGCUCUCAGCACUUGGACAACCGGAUUUGGGUUCUCCCAAAUGACAGAUUCUGAUAGAUUAGAGCUGAUCAAGUACACAUUCUUGGGUUUUCAACACACUGUGAGAUGCCAGAAGGAUUUGCUAGAGAAAAUCAGGAUCUCAAAUAAUCUGAAAUGGUGGCCAAGGAAAAAGCUGAAGCAAACUUGUUUGGACUAUGAGUUCUCUGAUAAUAUGUUUUUAGAUGAUUGGAACUCAAUUUCAGAGGCUUUUGAUUCAACCAAUUAUUAUUGGUGA